CGCCGGGUCUCGCGAGCCCUGGCGCUAUAUAAGGCGGCGCGGGGAGGCCGAGGCCCUUCCCUCGCGGAGCCGCCAUGGACACGAGCCGCGUGCAGCCCAUCAAGCUGGCCAGGGUCACUAAGGUGCUGGGCCGGACCGGUUCCCAGGGGCAGUGCACACAGGUGCGCGUGGAGUUCAUGGACGAUACGAGCCGCUCCAUCAUCCGCAACGUCAAGGGGCCGGUGCGGGAGGGCGACGUUCUCACUCUGCUGGAGUCGGAGCGUGAGGCGCGGCGGCUGCGCUGAGCCGGUGAUGAAUGCUGGUGGCGCUUACUCGGAGCGGCUGGUGGGCUUCAUCUGGGCCAGAUGGAUGGAGAGGAGCAUGGUGGCGUUGUAACUGCAAUAAAAGGUUUUUCCAGUAGCCUCUUGCCUGGAU